UGCUGGGUUGUUUACUCGGAAUUUUCCGGAAAUGUCCAGGACGCGCGAAGUGCUGCUUGUAGGGGAAGGCAACUUCUCUUUCUCGGCGGCUUUGAGCGAGAGCGCGGGCGAAGACGUCGGGGUGACCGCCACCUGCUUUCAAAGCGAGAACCAAACGUGCAGACAGGAGGGAGCUGUGCCGAACAUACAGAGACUCCGCGACAGAGGAUCAGUUGUUCUGUUUGAGGUGGACUGCACGUGCCUAAAGGAGCACGAAGCCAUUCAGGAUCAUCUCUUUGACUGCGUUAUCUUCAAUUUCCCUCACUGUGGGCGUAAAAGUGGCGUAAAGAAGAACCGCGUCCUGUUGGUAAAAUUUUUCCAAAAUGCCGUUGCAGUCCUGAAGGACAAUGGGGAAGUGCAUGUCACCUUGUGUAAUGGCCAAGGCGGCACUCCGUGUGACAGUCCAAUGAGGGAAUGGCACAAUAGUUGGCAGGUGGUUGCCAUGGCUGCAGAAGCAGGGCUAAUUCUCAGUGAAAUCCGUCCCUUUGACUGUGAAACGUAUCAAGGUUACAGAUGUACUGGUUACAGGAGCCAAGACAAAGGUUUCCAUGUAGAGGGAGCUCUGACCCACAUCUUCACUCGGAGUCUCCCGCACACCAUGCCAGAGAAGCUUAAAAUGGAGAAAACCAUUGGGAAGGAGACGGUUUGUUUUGAGCUUCCGGCGGAGUUGAGUAAUUAUAUCAACAGGGAUUUCCUUGGUCAGCAGUCACAUCAUCCAGUGAAAACUGUCCAGGAGCAGUUACUUAGAGAGCUAAAGUCAAUCUGGCCUGUGUGCUCUAUGAAUGAAGACUUCCCAGAACUGGUAAGCUGCCUCCCAGAAACGCCAGAGGCAUGCGACUCCACUUUGACCCACUCCGAGGUCUAUUGGAUUAAACCUACUGACACCUUUAUAUUUGACCAAAGUGAAAACGAGCAAAACGACUGUGAGUCUAUGGAUGACCAGCAAAGCUUUACUGGCAGCUAUGCACUUCGACCGUCCCUGUUGUUGCAUGUCCAAGAGAUCACCCAGAAUGAAGACUUCAGUCCUGGCACUCUUCACGCGGUCAGCGGCCUGGUCUUUCAGAGACUGCCCAUAUCCCCGAGCCGCUCUCCUGCCUUUCACCAGCUUCUGCUGGUGGGGAUGUUUCCUGCAGAAUCCCAUCCUGUCCAGUGCUUCCAAGAUUGUUUGGAGUCACUGCUUGCUUCUUACGGUGUCUCCUUCGAGGAGGCACGAACGGGCCUGGAGCAGCAAGUGUGGAUGAACUCAAAGACCCUUUCCAAGUUUGGGAGGAUCACGUACCUGCCUUCCUUUUCCUCAGCCCUCGAUGAAGGUUUACAGUUAAUCGUGGUCUCAAUCAACUUGGAUCAUUUAGCUACCCUGAUUUUUGGCAUUUCUGAUUGGCGCUUACUGUGGAGCGCAGAUGUUCGCUUUCUUAAGCAUUUCGAGCUUAAUCCCCUUGGACCUUUCAGUCCGUUCUCCCUUUACUCACCAAGCUACCUGCAUGAUAUCAGUUUCUGGAUGGAACCAGAAAGCUACGAUGAGCUGGACUUCCAUGCACUUGUGCGAGAAGCGUCUUGCGGCGCUGUUAAGGAUUUGGCGUUAGUGGAUCGCUUCAGACACCCACACAUGGGUCACGCAAGCCUCUGCUAUAGGCUGACCUAUCAGUCGCCGGAUCGGGCUCUGUCGCACAGCCAGGCGUUGGGUCUGCAGAAUCAGCUGCGGAGACUGUUACCUCUGCGCCUGCAGGUCACCCUGAGGUGAUUGACAGUCCAUCGGAUCUCAGAUUUACAUUUUUAACGAUGAAGCAUAACUUUAUAGAUCAAAAGAGAGUCUGUUUAUUUUGACCGAUUUGUUCUGCAGUUUUUAUAAAUAAAAGAGAGGUUAAAUUUUAGAAUGGGCGUAAUUCCCGUUUAUUUAAAACUGACAUAUCAGCUUAUCUGAACUAAAGGGAUUUUUUUGUUGUCGUGUUUGAAAUCCUGUCAUGUUUACAUAUUGCUUGUUAUGCUAAUUAAUUAAUCAUUGUGGGUUUAAUAAGACAUCCAAGAAAUGUUUACAAAUUUGAGUAGUACUGCGUUACCUUUCCUUGUUGUUGAGCACUUUUCAAUGAGGGAACAAAAUGAACAUAUUUCAAGCUGCAUCCUCUCUUAUGUGAAAUUGAUUAUGCAUGUUUAGGGAUGUAUUCAGUUCACUUAGAGAUGUAAUUAUCAAUGCACAACUGCAAAUCAUUUCAUCCUAUACGUUUGUUUUUUAAAUUAACAAAUAUUUUUCUAUUUUCUUUGUUGGCAAAGUGUGUGUUUACAUUAUCUCUGAAGCUGCAUUUGAUACUGUGAUAUUUCUGCAAUGUCUAUGAUGAGGUUUGUGAUCAUGACUGCAACUUGUUAAAUUGCUAUAUGUUAUUUAUGCUAUAUAUGCUGUUUGUUACCUUAAAUAACAUGCUGUAUGCUGAAUGGAAUUUAAGUGGAAUUAUGAAAAUAUGCAACACAGAUUAUCCAUUGUGUUGGUUGGGAUGCUUAAACUGCUGUUACAAGCUGCUGAAUGAACAUAUCAUUCCUGGUCCUCUACGAACCUGACUGGUUUGAAUUACAUAUAUAUAUAUGUUUUAUUCCCUUUACAAAUCAUUAUAAUUAUGAAACGUAUUUAAAAACAAAUGCACACCAGGGUAAUACGAGUACAAAUGAAAAUGUAACAUGCGUUAACCACACAUUCUGUCAUUAAAUAAAAUUUUG